AACUUAAGUUGUGUAAUUAUUUACCUAAACCAUGAAGCUGUUUCAGCUUGCAGAUAAAUCACAGCUCUGCUUUCCGUUUCUCAGACUCCUCUCACCUUGGCAUUUUCUCCCCCUGCAGGUAGACUAAUAUUGACUUUAGAGUGUCCUAUCAACAUCUGUGGAAGUUAAUCGGCAUCACUGCAUCUAGUCUGUAUCGUAUUUUUUUCUCGAAAGGGAUUCUAUAGUAGAGCCUAUCUCUCAUUUUCUCAGGCACGUUCAAUUCGUAGCAGAUUCAUCUUUAGCGAGUCGCGACGGUGAGAUCGGGGUGAGGUAUUGCGGUAACUGCGACUGCCUCCACUCUGCGGGUGAGUUGAGGUGGAUAAAGUGAAAGGAGGAGCCGUGCACCUGUUAGACCAGUUAGGGACACAUGACUGCUGAAGAAUUUGCCUGAGUUGGUGUCCUUUGUCGAGAUACAAGACGGGAAGGAUGUCGGAGCCAGCGACGAAUCCUGCGGUGACAGCAUUCCCAGCGCCGACGAUAUCUUUGCCAUUGGGACUACAAAUAUUGAGGACGUACUCCGGUGCUCUGAUCUGCUUGGAAAUUAUAUUUGGAGGGCUAGUAUGGAUCCUGGUGGCCUCCUCCAACGUGCCCGUGCCCCUGCUACAGGGCUGGGUGAUGUUUGUCUCUGUCAGCACGUUCUUCUGUUCCAGCGUGUACCUCCUCCUCUUCCUCCUGGGAUUGGCUGACAGGAUCAACACCGACUGGAACCUGAUGGAUGUGCUGUACCACUUCACAGCACUGCUGUUCUACUUCAGUGCCUUGGUGCUGGAGGCUGCUGUUACGGCUGCCAGAGGGGUCAUCAGGAGUACCAACAGCUCCAUACCAGGAUGUGUAACAGCCCCUAGUGGAAAUAUACUCACCUUCCUGGACAACAGACAAUACAGUAUUAACGUGGCAGCUACGAUAUUUGCCUUUGUGGUGACACUCUGCUACGCCUGCAGCAUGUUCAUGGGCUUCAGGAGGUGGCAGAUGUGACACGGAAGAAAGAAAACGCACCAUCUACAGUUCAAACUCCUACUGUGCCGUCAAGACGUUGUCUGUUUAUUACAUGUGUAUAACAUUAUUAUUUUUUUAAAGAGUAUUUGUUGCUAUGAGAUCAAGACAGAACACUUUGUUGUAUCUGUCAUGUAAUAACAGCACACCAGGCGUUAUGGCUAAAGCUACCAGAUGUGUUUAGUUGUGUGAUCAAUAGUGUAGAUUUUAUUUAUUAGUGUUUGAUUCCCUGUAAAAUGAAUUCAACUCUGGAUCAGAAGAGACCUAUAACUGAUUUAAAUAACAAUAAUGGGACAGUUAUAUUUUCCCCUUGUAGAAUGUCUUUAACUUUCUUAGAGCAACAUGGAAAACUGUGUUAAACAUACUACAUAGGACAAUUAUCAUCAUAAUCACUUAAUGACAUUGUGUGAAUACCUACUGGAAUAUAUUCUGUGAUUUCUGAAAUGCAUUUUUACAAAUAAAUAACUUUUCUUAUCUUGUU